CAUGGCGCUGGUAGUGUUCACGGCUGUGUGACUACCGUGAUGUCUUCGCCACCAUCAACAUUACAAUGUCUUUCAAGAGCACAACGAUGAAUUGGAGGACGGUGUUGUUUUACGGUUGUGCUGUGAGUCUUCUUGCUGUUGGCCUGAAAGAAUUACUCACUGGCUUCGAAGACAACAGAUGCAGUAUGACCUACAUGUUUGAAUACCCACAAUAUCUGCGUGUGCCAUUGCCUCGUCGUGUUGCCAGACUGUACCCAGCAUACGGGCUCUACCUGUACGGAGAGGGGCGCUAUGCCCAGGAGACACGAGAACUUAAACUCUUUGGUGCACCGUUGCUCUUCCUGCCUGGAAAUGCAGGGAGUUACAAACAAGCUCGUUCUCUGGGCUCUGUGGCCUUGAGGAAAGCAGAACGCAUGGAAGGUGGUCUCCACUUCAAUGUGUUCACUGUUGACUUCAAUGAAGAGCUUGUGGCGCUCUAUGGGGGCAGUUUGCUGCGACAGACACACUUCCUGCAUGAGAGCAUUAAAGCCAUCCUGAAGCUCUACAAGCACUUAAAGACACCCCCCAAGAGCGUGGUUCUUGUGGGCCACUCAAUGGGGGGUGUGGUGGCACGGGCACUGUUCACUUUGCCCCACUUCAACACAAAUCUGGUGAAUCUCAUCAUCACCCACGCUUCCCCUCAUGUGGCUCCAGUGCUGGCCAUGGACCCGUACCUGCUGGAUUUCUAUUCUUCAUUGAGGCAAAACUGGGAGAAGCAAGCAAAGAAGCUGAAGAACGUAACGGUCCUGUCAGUGGGUGGUGGUUACCGUGACUACCAAGUACGCUCCGGCCUCACGUCCUUACCUUCUUCCCCUCCAGGAGACCCCAAUAAAUUGUCUCUUGUGGUCACUGCAAUUCCCAGGACCUGGGUUUCCACUGACCAUUUAUCCAUAGUAUGGUGCAAAGAGCUUGUUCUCGCUACUGUUCGAGCUUUCUUUGACCUUAUGGAUCCUGAAACUAGACAGUUGACAGAGAACCCAGAAAAGAGAAUGGCUGUACUGAACCACCACUUCAUUCGACACCCGGUCAGAAUGAUGGACGACACGGAAGAAUCAUCCAUCACUCUCCCAGACGAUCCAGAAGCGUGGAGUGAAGUUAACAGUUUGCGCUUGGCUUAUACCACACCAAAGGAAGUAGAGGUCCGAUACUUCUUAUUUGCCCUUUCAAGUCGCAGGAAAGCCUACAGUCAUUUCUACUGUCGGAGCAGUAACUUGGACAUGACCAGCUGGGUAUAUGGCUGCACGCACAGGAAUGGUUCUUCAUGUUUACAUGCAGUGGACUUGUCAAAGGGGACUGAGCUUCUGCCUCCAUAUAAGGUCCUCACACUGAGUCUCAGUGACUUGUCUUCAGUCACUCAUUUGGUGGUUUCGGCCUCCAACCUCAAUGUCAAAAGGUUCAUGGUGGAGUGUGAGUGGCAACGACAGCAAUCUCUGACUCUGUCAGUUCCUGUUCCACAUGUUCUCUCCUUGGGUUGGACUGUCAGUGACAUCACCAUCCCUCUCACUGGGCUUCUUCACACCAUUGAGCUCCAACACUUUCACCAGGUUUAUCAGGCUUUCAAGAUUAGUGUCGGAAGUCAGUGCAAAGCACAGAAAGUAGAUAGAUUGCCCAGUGUGUACAGAAUGAACGUGCCAUGGUUUCUGGAGGACUCCUUUACGACAGCCAGUGUACCGUCAGUGACGGAGAUCUCUGGGAUGCUCCACACUAGUCGUCCAGACAACACAUCAAGUGUCCGCCUUCAGCUCCACACUGCCCCCAACUGUCAAUAUAAGGUGUCAGUGAGGACUUCAUUACCCAGAGUGUUGGGACAGAUUCUGAGAUUCUUCGGCCCCAUGGUGCCAGUGUACACAACUGUAACUCUUCUCCUGGCCUGUGGCAGUCAGCUGUACUCUAUCCUGGUGUCAUGUAGACCCGCAGCCAUGCACUUGAUGCUGGGCAAAGGAUUUCAACCUCAUAAAGUCAACCUGUCAGUUUAUAUCCUUCAUAUUAUAUUUAGUUGUAACUGGGCAAAAGAUGUGUGCUCCCUGCUUUGCCUUCCCCCAAUGGAUGUCGCCCCUCCCACCAUCCCUAAUGGGACCGUUCAUGAGAAUGUGACGGCAUCUUUAGAAUGGCCACACCUACUCCACCCUCUCCUUUACAUCUUUGGGGCAGCAGUGGCUUUUUGGGGAAGCGCACUGCUCCAAGUCAUUACCCGCCUGAUGUCAUUGAUAUUAGCAGUGCUACACAGACCAUCUGUCUCAAGUGACUGCGGUACUCUACAACUGCGGACCCAGGUUCUUGUCACACUGUCUCUGACUGUUGUGGGCGGGACAUCCUGUGGAGCAUUGUCAAUCAUUGCUGCCUUUCUGCUUCACCUUUAUAGGGUACUAAGACUCCAGAUGACAGAAAGAUACUUGAGUCACAUUCUGAAUCUGGCACCUCGGAAGCAGAAAGGAGUUGAAAAUUCCAGUCAAGCCAAAGAAUGUUAUGGCAGCCCGCCCCUGCUAUCCGAGUUGGCUUUACAGGAGGCGACAGAUGACCUGCAGCUUCACCUCACUUUGUCUGCACUCUUAACUGUGCCCGUAAUUCUUAGUGCACCCUCACUUUUACACUGGAUACGGAACUUAAGGUACUCCACCCAGCUUGAUCCUGACCCCUGUUGGCCACACUACAUACCUGUAAUCAUUGUUUACAUGCUGCUUAUUAAUGCCAACACUUCCAAGCUCAGCAACAGUAAAGUGCUGCAUCUGACUUCUUGCCUCCCGUUACCCGUGUCCAUUGCCAUGGUGACCUUCUCACCACUUCACCUGUACAGAGUGACUUACUUCCUGUUGGGAGUCCUCGUUCCCUUGGCGCUGUGUUGUCUUCUCUAAUGGUAUCCAGCUGUUUUCAGUCUUUAACUGACGAGGAACCCGAGGCAAGUGUUUGAAGCUUGUUGUCAGGUUCAUUAGAGCAGAGCCAUAGACAUACAGUACAUCGCUUGGUGAACCGCCUUCUCGAUAAUCGCAUGAAAAGCUCCGUGGCAUUUCCAAGAGUUGGGAAUGGCCUUGGAACAUUUGUUGCCAAUGAGGUAUAUUCUCCAUGACCAAGUUUGCCUUACCCUGUAUAUCUAUAGCCCUGCCAGUCUGCCUUCAAUAAGACAGACCUCAACACCUUGUUAAGCUGAUCAGCAGGGUGUUAUUGUUUGAAUGUUUGUUUCCACUGUCACUGCACUGCCGCAGCUCAGCAACGUGAGUUGUUUUUUUUUUCCAGAUUGACUGUUGUAGCUCUGCCUCAAACAUUGCCGGUGUCAUUCACUCAUUCAUUCAUUCCAUCAGAGAACCCAAAGCAGCCGAGUUCACGCACCACGUAGUCCACUACUGCAGCAAUAAGAAGGUCUGCAUAGCGUGGUCAGUACAGUGGAUCUCCGCAUAUUCACAAUCUUACAAAUUUGUGGAUGUUUGAUGCAUUUUAUUGUGGGAAAAUCAUCCCCAGAAGUCAAACUUCAGGAUGUGUUCAAAAAGGAAAAACUUGCCAAGUCAUCAUUAAUGAUUGAAUGAAAGCACUGUUACAUAAUUAAGAAAAAAGAGAAGGGAAUCAGAAGCACUGUAAUAGCAAGUUUUUUUUUUAAGUUAUGUUUUCAUCAUCAUACUGCACAGCAAAUUUCAUCAUCCUUCAUUAUUGGUGAGUACCUCUACAUUUUAUAAUUUAAAAUGCUUUAAGUGUGAAUCUUUACAGUAUUCAAAGCUGGAUUAUGCUUCUAUGAUGGCUUGAUAUCUUCCUUCUUGGUGAGUGAACAACCUAAAAUUACCACAAUUAUUAAUUGCAAAUGUUGAUAUGAAGUCGGCGGAAAAUGUCAGCGUCAAGCUAGCAAGAGGGUUUGGAUUGGGAGGCGCCCGCCUCAACAAAGCAGCAUAAUUCGGGCACUAAUAGAGUGUAAAUAUAGACAUUUGUAUGGGUUUCGGUUACUCGUGUUUACUUGUUGUUGGUGGGUUAUGUCAGAAAUAACCGGGGGGAGGUCUUUAUUUACACUUGUGGAGGCAUGUCUUCUUUUUGAAGCUAAAAAAAAUAUUUAGUACUCGUAAUUGCAUGUCUCAACCAUGCAGAAUUGCAGCCGAACAAACCGAAUACGAAUCAAGGCUAUUAACACUAAAGAACACUUUUUUUAGUUUUUUGUCCGAUACAACUUUGGCAUUGGUAAUGCUUUAAUCGGGUGUCAAAUUCUUCCUGUAUUUCUUCAGCUAUUUCAUAUAAAGCAAGCUAGGAAAAAUGUACGUAAUCGGGCUUUAAGCCUUAAACUACUGUGGGAAGCCUGACUUGACGUAUUUGUUACAAUAGCAAAAAUGCUAAUGAAACAUUUCCCGUAAUUCAAAUUACAUCUGUGCUAUACAAAGUUGCUACUCAAUUUGACUUAUUUUUAAGGAAUACAUUGACCUAAUGUUUACGUAACACAUCUUGAACAAUAAUUUGUAGUAUUUUAUGAAAGGCGUUACACAUCUCCUUUAAAUGGCUAACUAUGGGUUAACAGUGAACUCAUUGGAAUGAUCUCUUGUUUCAUUUUAGGACCCUAAAAUGUUCAACGAGCCUGAUUGUGUUUAAUUAUUGACUAUUAUUUAUUGUUGUCAGCAAAAACCACAAUCUUGAAUCACCGAGUGAAUGGUUGAUGAAGGGACAUUGGUAAAAGGUAGAAAGGUGCAUAGCGAAAGAAGGCCAUAGAGCAUUGAAGAUCCAGUAAUGCCUUCAGACUGUGAAUGGGGGUGAAAUUCACCUGUGAUUUGUCACAUUGCUGCAGCAUGAGCAGGCUUACGGUACCACAGGACCACGCCUCCUUCAUGCUACACUGACUCCUCAAACUGAUAGUUGCGGUCCCAGCCAAGACACAAUACUAGAUAAUAUAUAUAUUAAUAUACUAAACUAAAUCUUAAACUAAGAUUCCCAAAUAAUGAGCACUAAAAAAAUUGCACAUAUUAUAAGCGGCCGUGUUGUGAUCUACUAUGAUUGGUCCGCACCACUUUUCUUUCAUUCUUUUUGCAUGCAGUACCCGCAGAGCAGAUUUACCAUUAGGCAAACACAAACAAUUUCCAUGGGCCCCCAAAAUGUCUCAUCAUAACUGUUUUUUCCCUUUGAAGUAUAUAUUACUGUUUUAGACUCCUAUAGAGCAGCUACACACAAUAACCCACACAGAAAAAUUUCUACAAAUGCCCUUGGCGUUUGCCUGUGUUUACCUCAUGGUAAGCCCGCCCGGAACUUUGAUCUUAAUAUUGGCCAAUAUUGGUAUCUCUUUCUUGUUUUGUUUUUAUAUUUCAUUACUUAGAGUAGCACGUUGUGAAGAUUAAAAGAGUCAAGUAAAUUUGGACAAGAAGAAAAUGUCUGACCACACGGACAAUAAUGGAUGGACUUGUAUUCAAAGUGCCUCUUUAAGAUUUUUUUUGCCAGUUCAAAGACUUUCUUUUAAUUAUACAGUAGCCUAUACAUCAUCUCAAUGACAGUCAUUGUGGAAACACUUUUCAACUACUGAAGCUCUGCAUACAAAUGGAUGAGACCAUGUCAAAAUACUGUUGUUGUUGUUGUUAUAUUUCCGAUAUAUUAUUAUUCCAAUAUAUUAUUCCACCCCAAACAUUGACCCCAGAAGUCAGAUUGAUUUAAAAUGUAAAGAAUCAGUACACAAUUUAGUACGGCGUUCAUUCUUCCAAAUCAUUUUACGCAAACAUAAUAUUUGAAUCAACACACAUAUUUGUGAACAAUGUAACAAUAUAUACAAAUAACAAUACAACACAAUGUAACAAUAUCAAUAGCAGAUUGUCUUUGAUUGAACCUCCAGUUCAACCCGUGUCCCCAAUAAAGACAAGCGCUACAGAACAUUGAUGGUAAUAAUAACAACAUAAUAAUGCAGUUAUAUAAUUGUUUGAGCAAUAUAAGUCAAUAGUGCAUGUAAACAAAAGCAAAAUUUAUCUCUGAGGUUCUAAACCUUACAAUAUACAAUAUGCAUUUGAACAACACAACAAAAAAAGUCAAUAAGAGAACUGAAAAAUAUAAUUCUCAUGACACUAGUAUUGAUCUGAUACGAUUUGUAUCGUUUUAUCCUCCUCUCGUUAUCAAUCAUGUAAAACAAUGGCGAUAACUUGGUGAUGUAAUCAGUCGCGUUGUGCCAAUUUGCUUUCUGCUUUCUGGUAUUUUUUGUUUAUGUUUAGGGUAGGGUAUAUGUGUUGGAUUUGGUUGGUGUGACAGAGCCUCAUGACUCUUUUGUUGUCGUUAUUAUCAGUGCUGAUUAGCAUCGAGUUUUUUUUAUAUUUGCCGCCUUUGAGCUAUUGGAGUUGCUGUGCCUUUCUACAAUGACAUAUUGUCGUAUGCUCCUACGCUCGUACACUCGGUACACAGCCGGACGGAGUACUCGAGAUGUGUAUACCGCAUACAAUACAAUAUAAGCAAUUACUGUAUUUCUAUUGUGUUGUUUUGUUAGCACCGUUUGCUAUUACACUAGCUAUUGAACUGAUGAGCGAGUCAUACAUGUCCGUCAUGUAAUUUCUAUACAGACACGCUUGGUUUAAACAUUCCUGUUGUGUGCAACGUGAAUGUACCUGCAUUGAGUGUCUGUGUGUAGUAACAAACUUGACAUGCACGCGGUCCGUGUCCUUGUGCAAAGAUGGAGCAAAUUUACUGGGAAUACUAUACAGAUUUAUGUCUGUGUUCACUGUGAUUACAACACUAUUAGAUAUUCUUGUACAGUGGGGAAAAUAACCAUUUGGUCGCCUGUUGAUUUUGUAAAAAACUGUUCAUAUUUUCACACUUACAAAAUCAGCAGGGGUUGAAAUAUUUAUUUUCACCAGUGUACUGUACAUACAAUAUACUGUGUUGUCUUGGAGAAAGCAGUCAAAUCCAAAAUGUACUUGAUGUGACAUGAUGUUAAACACUGUCUACCAUGGUGAAGAAUGUGAAAAUUAAUAAUUUCAUAUAGCGGAAGUGUGUUUAAUGGCAGAGCUACUGUACUUCUGUACUUGUGUGCAUUGGCACAUUGCUAAAAAAAAAAAAAAGGCUAUAUGAUUUGGUUGUGUGUGUGUGUGUGUCACACAAUCAUAACAAGUCCUAAUGACCAAUGAAUCAUAUACAUAAUCCACA